AUCUGAUCAUCUCAUUUCUUUCUCCAGGUAUUUUGACAUUAAACAUCAGUGUUUCAGCCCUUUCAUUUGAACAUUAAGGGCUCCAGAUCUUGGGGUUUCUUAGAUGAGUGUAGCCGCCCAUGGCUUGUGUCCAUGAGCAGUGUCCCUCCCCCUCCCUUUCGGGAUUCAGUACCCCAAUUUCUGAUGCUCCAUUUCGCCGGCCAGACUCUGAUGUGGCUGCAUGUACCCCGGAUACCGAACUGACCCCCACACAGUGUGUUCUGCGCAACGUAUUGUCUAUUGAUCCUGUCGGGGAUGGGACCCACACACGGGGCAACACCCCAACUCCUAGUGAUGACCCUGCACAGUUCUCCAACAGUGUGCUGAAGCUGCACGAAGGUGGAGCUGAAGGGGGAGCAAUGCGCAACCAGUCGGAGAGCUUUAGGCUGCAGGCAGGUGGAGGAGGCUUUCUGGAGGGACUGUUUGGUUGCCUGAAGCCGGUGUGGACCAUGAUUGGCAAAGCAUACUCUACUGAAAACAAGCAGACCCAGGAAGAGUCCUGGGAGGUGCCUUUUGAGGAGAUCUCAGAGCUACAGUGGGUGGGCAGUGGGGCUCAAGGAGCAGUGUUCCUGGGCAAGUUCCAUGGCGAAGAGGUGGCUGUGAAGAAAGUGAGAGACAUCAAAGAAACCGAGAUCAAACACCUUCGUAAGCUCAAGCACCCCAACAUCAUCACAUUCAAGGGUGUGUGCACACAAGCUCCAUGUUACUGCAUAAUCAUGGAGUACUGUGCACAGGGGCAGCUGUAUGAGGUUUUGAGAGCAGGGAGAAAGAUCACACCAUCACUGCUCGUUGACUGGGCCAUGGGUAUCGCAGGCGGCAUGAACUACCUUCACCUGCACAAGAUCAUUCACAGAGACCUCAAAUCACCUAAUAUGCUGAUUACCCAUGAUGACCUGGUGAAGAUCUCAGAUUUUGGCACGUCAAAGGAGUUGCGAGAUAAGAGCACAAAAAUGUCCUUUGCCGGCACCGUGGCUUGGAUGGCACCGGAAGUCAUAAGAAAUGAACCCGUCUCAGAGAAAGUGGACAUAUGGUCAUUUGGGGUGGUUCUCUGGGAGAUGCUCACAGGUGAAAUCCCCUACAAAGAUGUGGACUCUUCAGCUAUUAUCUGGGGCGUGGGCAACAACAGCCUGCAACUGCCUCUGCCAGAAAGCUGCCCUGAUGGUUUUAAGAUCCUCUUAAAACAAUGCUGGAAUUGCAAGCCCAGAAAUAGGCCAUCAUUCAGACAGAUUCUGCUACACCUGGAUAUUGCCUCUGCUGAUGUGCUAUCCACCCCACAGGAGACCUACUUCAAAUCACAGGCUGAAUGGCGUGAGGAGGUAAAACAACAUUUUGAGAAGAUAAAGUCUGAGGGAACAUGUCUGCACCGACUGGAUGAGGAGCUCAUUAACCGUCGCCGUGAAGAGCUCAGGCAUGCCCUUGACAUCAGAGAGCAUUAUGAGAGGAAGCUGGAAAGAGCCAACAACCUUUACAUGGAACUGAGUGCUGUCAUGCUACAGCUAGAGCUGAAAGAAAAAGAACUGCUUAGAAGGGAGCAGUGCCUGGAUAAGAAAUAUCCUGGGCUGUUCAAACACCAUUCUUCAAACACAGUGGACAAACUCAUUAAGAAGAGGAAUGUACCCCAAAAGCUUCCUUCGCAUGGCAAGAGACCUGACCUCCUAAGAUCAGAGGUCAUUCUCCCUAAAAUGGACCCUGGUGUGGUGCAAGUGACAGUUCCUUCUUGUGCCAACCGGACGUCCACUUCACCAAGUCGUGCCCGGAGGGUUAAAACACGACAUCGCAGGGGGGGCCGAGGCAGCAGUGGUGAUCUCUCGGGGCCCAAACACUCCACUGGUACCUCCACCAGAGAGAGAGAAACGCCCACAUUGGGCACUGCAGCACCCAGUGGCACUCCAGAAACUGAUCAGACAGCGAGUACUGCUUCAAGAGGAAGCCAGCUGGAAGCUCCUCCACUAAAACUGUCGUCCUCUAGCCCAGACCUGCUUUGCUCCACCCAUGGAGCUGAAGGCGGAGCCAGUGGUGGGGCUGGCAGUCUGAGUGUGUGUGAAGGGCUUGUUAGCGGAGUCCGAGGUGUGGCAGAAGCCACUGUGGGAUUGGAUGAAACUCCUCCACGAAGCGACACAGCAAGCGAGGACGCAGCUUCACUCCCAUUCUCAAGCAGUCCUGAUUCACCCUGCUGCGCAAGAGGUGUGGCUGUGGGACGGGGACACACUCUGGGGGAGGAAAGGGAGGAAGGAGCCGGGGCAGUACGAUUGCCGAGGGGAGCCAGUGGUAGUCAUUUGACUCCAUCAGCUAUACUUUACAGAGCAGCUAUCACACGCAAGCAGCGUCGUGGUGUGUCUUCAGAGGAAGAGGAGGGAGAAGUAGAUAGUGAAGUGGAACUACCAAGGAGACGACGGCCAACUAGUAUAUCCAAGUGCCAGUCUGUAUCCACCUUCAGCUCAGAGAAUUUGUCUGUCUCUGAUGGAGAGGAAGGCCAUACCACUGACCACUCUCACAGCGGCACACCAGAUGUGGUCAGCACCAAUACCGAUGAGCGGCUGGACGAUCGAAGUGAUGACCUCAUCUCACAGGGCUCUGAGAUCCCUGCUGACAUCACAGACCCUGCAAUCUCAGAGAGGGAGGCUGCUGCUCUUGAACAGGAGAGAGCAAAUUUUGAUCUGGAACAAAACAUUUUGGAGACCCGGGCGUUGUGUGAAGAUUCGGAUUGUGACAGUGCCGAGCUAGACCAGUCGGGGAGUGGAGAACCAAGUCGCCCCCCAAGUGCAGGAGGCUGGGGUCAGGGUCCUCAGAACUAACAAACAUGUGCAUACACAAACACCCAGCCCUGUGCAUUUGUACAUAUUGUAUAUAUGUUCACCACAACACGUACCAGCACACUUCCUUAUUUGUAGUCUCACUGAAACACCUGAUAUUAAAGACAUACACUUUUACACAAACACCAUGAAAUUGCCUAUCUUUGGGCCUGUAACAAACUGGUGAUGCAGAAUCAAUUGAUUAAUGGAGAAAAAAAAGCAAAUAUUAGUCACUUUAAGAACAUACUUUCACAAGCUGGUCAUGAUGUCACUGAGAUUCCAAAGAUCAGGGCCCCAUUCUUUGUACAUGGCUCUCAUAUCAAUAUAAUUUGAAAUAAUUCCCUGAAUAAUUUGAAUUUGGUUACUCAAAGCAAGUUCAAGGUUACAGGUGUUCCUAUCUUUUACUAAUCAGCUCCAACACAUACUCAUAAAGCUUGAAAUAUAUUACAGUCUUACCUGUAGUGUACUUACAUAUACCUAUUAUACUUGAACUCAUUUAUGUCUUCAACAAAAAAUAGGGCUACACACUUUUCCAUAGAUAACGAUUAUGAAAGGUGCUGAUUCUUAUUAUCUGGAGGCUUUAAAACAACACAUACUGUCACCCUCCAGUCUACAUCCAAUAUACAUGUCUAUUCUUGUCUAAAAUAACUACGGCUUCAUUUCAACCACCAAGAUUCAAUAGCGACGUACACGUUAAUUCAAACCGCUACUCUGUAGGGUUGGUGUGGGAAUUGAAGAGAAAUAUGAUGUCUUAUACAGGAGUAGACUUUGGGACUCAUUUAUCAAUCAUUAAUAAAGUUGUGUGUAAAAGUUUUCGUAGGCCAAGCUGAAAAUUCCUGACAGAUAAAAGAAAAGGUUCCGUAGGGCGGAUUUUCUUUUUCUGUUCAUGUGCACUUGUUGAUAAAUGCCAAUCACCCAUAAAUUGCCAGGCUCGUUGAUGGCACAGCUAAUUUACAUUUAGUGAUGUCUACAAAACUCCAUGAAAGGCAAAGGUCACAGAGGGCUGAAUGACAAAAUGAUGGCCAAAUGUUGAAAGUGCACCUCCUUCCAGUAAUGCAGCUCGGCCAAUGCAGCGCAUUGCCUUCCACAGGCACAGACUCACUGACAGUCUUCCUCUUAUCCUAGGGUGCCAUUAUUUUGUCCUAAUUGAGUGACUUGUCUUAUUUGUCUUAAUUUAUGUAUAAA